AUGGGUCAAUCACUAAUUACUUCUUUGAGCUUAACUCUAGAACACUGGAAGAAAGUUAUAGAAUGAGCCCAUAAUUUAUCAUUAGAGGUCCAGAAGAAGUGGCGGAGUCUCUGUUCCUCUACAUGGCCCUCCUUUGAAAAAGGAUGGCCAAGAGAUGGGACUUUUGAUCUUGCUACUAUUUUACAGGUUAAGGAAUACAUUUUCCAUCCAGGGCCACACGGGCACCCGGACCAGGUGGCCUACAUAGUCAUCUGGGAAGACUUGGCUCGGAACACCACAUCUUGGGCACGACCGUUCCUACCUCCUCGGGGAACCAGAGAGAAUGAUCAAGGACCCCCUAUCCCUUCUGCUCCCCUAAGGGAUCAGAUCCAGUAUUGGCCUUUUUCAGCCUCUGACUUGUAUAAUUGGAAAACUCAUAACCCCUCUUUCUCUCAGGACCCUCAGGCUUUAACUGCUUUAAUUGAGUCUAUUCUUCUUACCCACCAACCCACUUGGGAAGAUUGUCAACAACUCCUCCAGGCACUCCUAACCACGGAGGAGAGACAGCGAGUCAUACUGGAAGCCCAGAAAAACGUCCCCGUGCAGGAUGGGAGACCCACUAUGCUCCCAAAUGAAAUAGAUGAAGGAUUUCCUCUGACCAGACCCAACUGGGACCCUGAAACCGUGGCAGGUAGGGAGUGUCUCCGUCUUUAUCGCCAGACUCUGUUAGCGGGUCUCAAAGGGGCCAGAAGGUGCCUAACCAAUUUGGCAAAGGUAUGUGCUAUAACCCAGGGAGAAAAUGAAACCCCCGCAGGAUUUUUAGAACGUCUGAUAGAGGGAUAUCGGAUGUAUACCCCUUUUGAUCCCACAGCCCAGGAGUGUCAGGCAGAUCUUAUUAUGGCCUUUAUAGGACAAUCAGCUCCUGAUAUUCGUGGUAAACUCCAGUGGCUAGAAGGCCUUCAGGGGUACUCCUUACAGGAUUUAGUAAGAGAAGCUGAGAAAGUUUAUAAUAAGUGAGAGACAUUAGAAGAAAGGGAGGACAGAAUUAGGAAAGAACAGGAAGCUAGGGAAGAUAAGAGAGAGAAAAGGAGAAAUAAGGAGUUAAGUCGAAUUUUGGCCACAGUAGUACAGGGAGCAGGACCAGGUAGGGACCUGGGAGACAAAAGAAGACCCCGAGUGGACAAAGAUCAAUGUGCUUACUGCAAGGAGAGAGGACAUUGGGCUCAAGAAUGCCCAAAGAAGCUAAAUAGAGUCCAAAAGAAGACAACCCGAGUCCUGACCCUAGGGGACUAGGGGAGUCGGGGCCAGGAGCUCCCCCCUGAGCCCAGGGUAACUCUAAAGAUAGGGGGGCAAUUGACUACCUUCAUGGUAGACACAGAAGCUCAACACUCAGUCUUGACAACAACCAAGGGACACAUGAUUUCCAAAACAGCCUGGGUCCAAGGGGCUACUGGAGGAAAGACAUAUAGGUGGACCACAGAAAGAAAAGUGGACCUCAGUACAGGACAGGUCUCCCACUCGUUCUUACUGGUCCCAGACUGUCCAUAUCCCCUUCUUGGGAGAGAUUUACUCUCUAAGCUGGGAGCCCACAUCCACUUCACUAAAAAGGGAGCUACUGUAAAAGGAAAAUAUGGAGCUCCACCACAGGUAUUAACCCUGCGGCUGGAAGAUGAACAUUGGUUAUAUGAGGGACCGAUAGCAGAAACUCCUGGUAUAUCUGAUUGGCUAAGUAAAAUCCCCUCGGCAUGGGCCGAGACAGGAGGCCCAGGACUGGCAUGCAACCAGCCUCCAAUAGUGGUUACACUAAAACCAUCUGCAACUCCGGUUUCAAUCAGACAAUACCCUAUGAGCAGAGAGGCCUGAGAAGGUAUCAGACCUCAUAUUCAGAGACUUUUACAAGUAGGCAUACUUCGCCCCUGCCAGUCUCCUUGGAACACCCCACUGCUCCCUGUAAAGAAGCCAGGAACAAAUGACUACCGACCAGUCCAAGACUUAAGAGAAGUCAAUCAGAGGAUAGAGGAUAUACAUCCCACUGUUCCAAAUCCUUACAAUCUCCUGAGUACCUUGCCUCCCAGUCACAGGUGGUAUACUGUUCUUGACCUGAAGGAUGCAUUUUUCUGCUUAAGAUUGAGCCUGGCUAGCCAGCCCAUUUUUGCUUUUGAAUGGAAGGACCCUGAAGCUGGAAUAUUGGGGCAACUAACCUGGACACGACUUCCCCAAGGGUUCAAGAAUUCCCCUACUCUGUUUGAUGAAGCUCUACACCGUGAUCUGGCUGACUUUCAGGUAAGAAACCCACAGAUUAUGCUUCUUCAAUAUGUGGAUGACCUCCUAUUAGCAGCUGAGACAGAAGCUGGCUGUCUGCAAGGUACAGAGGCUCUCCUACUGAGACUGGGGGAACUUGGAUGCCGGGCCUCAGCAAAGAAAGCCCAGAUUUGCCUACAGCAGGUGAACUAUUUGAGCUAUAGGUGACGAGGGCAACAUUGGCUGACAGAAAGCAGGAAACAGACAGUAGCCUCUAUCCCCCCACCAACCUCAGCCAGAGGACUUAGAGAGUUCUUGGGAAGUGCAGGAUUCUGUAGAUUAUGGAAACCGGGUUUCACUGAAAUAGCGGCCCCUCUAUAUCCCUUGACAAAGAAUGGGACUCCUUUCAUCUGGACUGAAGAACACCAGAGAGCCUUUAACAAAAUAAAAAGAGCACUGCUGACGGCUCCAGCUCUGGGAUUGCCAGACUUGACAAAACCUUUAGGGAUGACAAAAGGGGUCCUUACUCAGACUUUGGGACCCUGGAAAAGGCCAGUAGCUUAUCUCUCAAAGAAACUGGACAAUGUGGCAACUGGCUGGCCCCCAUGCUUGAGAAUCAUGGCGACAGUAGCAUCCCUGGUUAAAGACUCAGACAAACUCACUAUGGGUCAGCCCCUAACUGUUAUCACACCUCAUGCAGUGGAGUUCAUCAUCAGACAGCCUCCUGACAGAUGGUUGUCAAAUGCCAGGGUGACCCAUUAUCAGGCACUACUAUUAAAUACAGAAAAGAUCAAGUUUGGUAGCCCUGCCACCCUAAACCCCGCCAUGCUGCUACCAGCCACCAAGAAAGGCACUGAGAUUCCCCAUGACUGCCAGCAAAUACUUGCGGAAACACAUGGGACCAGGGAAGACCUCACUGACCAGCACCUAACAGAUGCAGAUGCCACUUGGUAUACAGAUGGGAGCAGCUUUCUACGAGACGGUGAAUGUAAGGCAGGGGCAGCGGUGGUCGAUGGGGAAAGGAUAAUCUGGGCUCAAGCCCUGCCUGCUGGAACAUCAGCCAAGCGAGCUGAAUUAGAAGCCCUAACUCAGGCCUUAAAAUUAGCAGAGGGCAAAAAGGUCAACAUUUACACCGACAGCCACUAUGCGUUUGCCACUGCCCAUAUACAUGGGGAAAUUUACCGGAGGCGGGGACUCCUCACCUAGGCUGGUGAGGACAUCAAAAACAAAGAAGCGAUAGUGGCCCUUCUACAAGCCUUGUACUUGCCAAAACAGGUCAGCAUAAUUCAUUGCCCUGGGCAUCAACGAGACCAGGGGCCAAUUGCUCGAGGCAAUCGGAUGGCAGAUGAAACUGCCCGUCAGGCAGCAGAAGGUACCUGCAUUCUCUACACACAUGCAGACCUUAAGGCUGAGAUGGAGACACAGGAAAAGGAGGCAGAAGCUCUUUUUACUUACACUGAACAAGACUUGAAACUUGUUCAGAAGCUUAAUGCUACCUUGGAUCCUGAAACCAAGAUGUGGAGAUAUCAAAAUCAUACCAUACUGCCCCGGGAAGCAGCACUUGAACUAAUCUCCCAACUCCACCAGUGGACACAUUUGGGACACAAGAAACUAAAAACACUACUAGAAAGAGAAGAACAAUUCUAUUACUUCCCGGACCUUAACCAGCUAGUUCAGAAGGUCGUAGGAGAUUGUGUCUCAUGUUCCCUGGUAAAUGCUUCCAGAUCAAAGGUCCCAUCUGGCAAGAGAGAAAGAGGGACACAACCAGGGACUAAUUGGGAAGUAGAUUUCACUGAGGUUCUUCCAGGAAAGUAUGGUUAUAAAUAUCUCCUAGUGUUUAUAGACACUUUCUCAGGGUGGGUUGAAGCUUUCCCCACCCAGAAGGAGACAGCCCAGACUGUGGUGAAGAAACUGAUUGAAGACACCUUCCCUCGAUUCGGACUGCCUAAGGUAAUUGGGUCUGAUAAUGGCCCAGCCUUCAUCUCCCAGGUAAGUCAGGGAGUGGCCAAAGCGUUGGGGAUUAAUUGGAAAUUACAUUGUGCUUACAGACCCCAAAGUUCAGGACAGGUAGAAAGAAUGAAUAGAACCAUUAAAGAGACCUUAGCUAAAUUAGCUCUAGAGACUGGCACUAAAGACUGGGUGCAGCUCCUACCUCUAGCCCUAUUUCGAGCUAGAAAUACUCCUGCUAUACAUGGCUUAACCCCCUAUGAAAUCCUUUUUGGAGGACCACCUCCUGUCCUCAAUGUAACUUUAUCCCCCUUGCCCUCUUCUUUUGACAAUCCCAGCCUAAAAACAAGACUUCAAGCCCUUCAGAUUAUCUAGAACCAGGUUUGGAAGCCUCUGGCUGUUGUCUACCGGCCUGGGAGUCCACAAACGCCUCACUCCUACCAAAUUGGAGAUCAGGUGUACGUGAGAAGACACAAUGUGAAGACUCUUGAACCACGGUGGAAAGGACCCUACACGGUUCUCCUGACAACGCCAAUGGCCCUCAAAGUAGAUGGGAUUUUGGCUUGGAUCCAUGUUUCCCACGUCAAGAGAGCUCCGACCCAGGAGGACACUGGAAAAUGGCAUCUACACAGGACAUCCAACCCUCUAAAAAUAAGACUCUCCAGAGAUACCUAA